GAUUGUGAUAGGUUAAAUGUUGGUGUGAUCAUGGAUACAAUUGUUAGUUUUGGCUAUGAAGAUGUUAUAAUUAAGAAUGUGUAUUACACAACCAUUGGAGGAAGUGUUAUCACAUUGAAGUGUUUGGCUGGCGAUGAUAGUAUUAGGGACAUUUUGCGCAUGAACAAUGUAGUUGAGGAGGAAGGUAGACAUGAAGAAAAGGUAGGUGAAGAGGAAGGUGGACACGAAAAAAGGCUAAGUGAAGGUAUUGAUGGCGAGGUUAGUGGAGGAGUAGAUGAAGGUGACUUGGGUAACAUAACCCAAGAGUACCUUAUUGGCAGUAAGGGUAAAACUAGGAAUACAGUUGAGAAAGAUGAUGAAGUAGAACCUCUUUGUAGUAGUGAUAGAGAUGAUGAGGAGUUUAUUAAUUUGAAGAAAUGUGCAAGGUCUAUUAGGAGACCAAUAGAAGGAUUAAAAGUUCCAAGUGGGCUUCAAACACCACAAGGGGUCAAGUACAAGCAUGUUGUAAAGAGGCCAACCCCUAGAUCUACUCCUAUAAAAAAGCCAAGCAUUAGAUCUACCCUUAUAAAGAAGCCAACGACUAGAUCUACUCCAGUCUCUAGGGGUAAGAAAGUUGCAUCAUCAAAUCUUGCUGAGUUGAGUAGGUUGAGGAAAGAGAAGGCAAAACUUGCAAAAAAAAGAGACAAUCAAUAUGAGAAUAGUGAUGAUGUUGGGAAGUUAAGGGAUUCAUCUAAUGAGUCUGACGAAGAAAAUUUGCUUUUUGUUUUAGUUGAUAUAGUGAGACAAAGGAGAGCUGCUGAUGUGAUGAUAUUUGCAUACAAUGAGUUGAGGGUUAGUAUCAAUUAUAAAAAAUGUGUUAGAACCAAGAAAAUGCUAUUGAAGGAGAUGGAGGGGAGUUUUAAGGAUGAGUAUGCCAUGAUUCAUUCAUUUGGUGGGUAUUUGAAGGAGGUCAAUCUUGGAAACUCAGUUUUCAUUAAAACUAAAGAAAAUGAUGCUGGUGAGAGAGUGUUCAUGAGAAUGUAUGUCUGCUUGAAAGUUAUCAAAGAUGGUUGGAAGAAUGGCUGUAAAGGAAUCUUUGGAGUUGAUGGUUGUUUUCUUAAGGGAAUUUGUAAGGGUGUACUAUUGUCUGCUGUUGGUCGUGAUGGAAAUAACCAGAUGUACCCAAUUACAUGGGAUGUAGUCGAAUUUGAGAACAAUGAUUCAUGGACAUGGUUUAGGCAAAGGCUCGCAUAUGAUUUGGACCUUGGAAUUGGGCAUGGUUAUACAAUGAUAUCUGACAAGCAUCUAGAGUUGAGGGAAGUAUCCGAGGAAGCUUAUGUUGAGAUGAUGGAUCUACUAGGAAGGUUUUGGUGCAAGGCAUUCUUCAAUGAAGGCUAUAAGUGUGAUGUUGUUGAUAACAACAUGUGUGAAGCAUUUAAUUCAUGGAUCCUGGCUGCAUGGUGUAAGGCAAUCAUUUCUAUGAUUAGAACUUUAAUUGACCAAUUGAUGGAGAGACUCAGGGAAAGAAGAUUGUUUGCAGAGACAUGGCCGAAUGAUAUUGCACCUAGAGUGAUGAAAAAGAUAAAGGAAAAUACCGUGAGGUACAUAAAUUGGAAUUAUGAAGAUUUUGUUCAUAAGCAUUAUAAGAAGGAAAAGUACUUGCAAGCUUAUGGGACUGCAUUGGAGUGCCUUAGAGGCAAUGAGGUCUUGAAGAGAAGACCAGAAGGAGGUUGUUUACCACCAAUGUUGAGAACACCACCAGGAUGACCAAGGAGGAAUAGAAGAAAAGAUAAGCAUGAGCCUAAGAAAGUUAAGGUGGAGAAAUUCAGUAGGUUGUGCAAGCAUGGGUUUGUGAUGAGUUGUAGCUUGUGCGGUCAACAGGGACACAAUAAAGCUAGAUGUCCUAG